GGUUUAUGGGAUGUUUUUAUUGUAGAACAGACCAAAAUUCUUAGUAUUAGGUAUGGGAAGUAUAAAUUGAGAAAGACCCAUAAAAAUGGAAUUUCCAAGAUUAGAACUUUGGGGUAUCAUUAGUUGCCUUUAAACUGUGAAGGGUUUCAAUCAGUAGCACUUUUUGAAUUUUGUUUUAAAGUUUUUAAAUGAACAGACCUGUAUGGGGUGCAGAGGGGAGGCUGGUGUGGAAUUGCUGUUAAUGGUUUCUGUGUGCCCUCUGCUGGGGGAGCUGAACAUGCUCUCAGAAAGGACAUCCUGGGUUCCCCAGUUGGUGACUUGGCCUUGUAGUGAGGAGAGGACAGCAGGUGGCGCCAGAGAGACACUAGUCAGUUGACCCCUGAGGAUUAGGGAAAUUGGUUCUCUGAGGACAAAGUACACAAGUGGUUGAAGGCCCAGGUGGUGUCCCGGUUUUUCUUGUGUAGGCUGUGGUUCCCACACUCCAGGAACCAGACCUGUGGGCAGCAGAUGCUGUCUUCCUAGCCAAGUCAGGAACUUCCUGCCUCAGGAUUAUAACUGGAGCUCCGGCUCAGACCGCCUAUCCCAAGCCUGCUGCAGCUCCAGAUCAAGGCGCGUGGUCACAGGAACCUGGAGCUUUGGGGCAUCCCUGUCCCCAGAAUUACAUGAUGGAGGUCCAUGCCCUUGUGGGUGUGCUGAUCAUAGUGGACCUCGUAGCGGGGAAGGCUCCUGUUCCGGAAGUUCGGGCCUGCCAUUUCUGCCUCUUGGAAGAUCCUGCUGUGGGAUGCAUUUCAGGCUCAGAGAAGUGCACUAUCAGCACCUCAUCCCUGUGCAUGGUGAUCACCAUCCACUAUAAUAACAAGGCUCGCUUCAACAUCCGAGGCUGUGGGCAGCACAAUUCCUACCGCUGCAAAGAGAAGCGCAGCACCUACUUGUCGAACUACUGGUACGAGGUCCAGUGCUGUCCGUACGAUUAUUGCAAUUCCUGGACCAGCCCGCAGCUUGAGAGCUCCACGACUGAGCACCACGACAGGGCCAGGCCCCUGUCGGACUUCCAGAUCCAGCAGUUCUACCAGGCCUUGAAUCUUUCAUUGCCUCAACCUGGCCUUCCUGCUGGGAAGGAGCCUGACGACCUGGACCUCCUGCCCCCAAACGUGGACAUGUCCAUUGCUGACCUGCGCCACAUCUACUUGUUCCUCAACAGUUCAGGACUUGUGGUUCUUCCCCGUGCUGGACCCUGACACAUUCCCCUUCUCUAAAGCCUUUUGGUCCAGCAUGUCUCCCUCACACCCCCCAGCAUACUGCGCUGCCCUCUCUGAGAAAACCCUCAUUCUCUGGUCACUAAUCUCUUGGGGCAACCUCCUUCAUAUUUCCAGUACCUAUAUGGCUUUGCUUUAAUUUCCUACUGAGCCAUGAUGGUGUUCUUUUAAAAACCAAAACCAAAUCAAAACUCAA